AUGGUCGUCACCAAUCCCAACGCCGCUCAGCUGGAACUCGCCGGCAAGGUCGCCCUUGUCACCGGUGGGAGUCGAGGCAUUGGAUCUGGCAUUGCACUUGAGCUGGCGAAAAAGGGCGCCUCCGUGGCUAUUAAUUAUGCCGGCAACACGGCUGCGGCAGACAAGAUGGUCAACGAGAUCAAGGCCCUGGGCGUGCACGCCGCAGCCUUCCAAGCCAACCUGACGAAAGUCGACGCCAUCGAGAACCUCUUCCGCGAAGUCGUCUCUCACUUUGGCCAAUUGGACAUUGUCGUGUCCAACUCGGGAACGGAGAAGUUCGUAUCCCUAGCCGACACCACUAUUGACGACUUCAACGCCGUCUUCGACCUCAACACCCGCGCCCAAUUCUUCGUCGCCAAGUACGCCUAUGACUACAUCCAGCCCGGCGGGCGCGUGGUCCUGAUGUCCUCCAUCGCCGCCGGCGUGGGAGUCCCGGCCACUCCCUUUACGCCGGUAAAGCGAUGCACCGUCAAUGCGAUUGCGCCUGCUGGCGUGAAGAGCGACAUGUGGCUGAGCAACGCGUGGCGGUAUGCCCCGGGCUGCACCAAGGAUUCUUCGAUUGAGGAGAUUGAGGCGGCACUGGCUGGUGGUAGCCCCUUGAAGCGAUGCGGUGUUCCGGCGGAUAUCGGGCGCAUUGUGGCAUUCUUGUCUCAGUCCUGCCGGAGAAUGGAUCAACGGUCAAAUUUUGCCUUGCAAUGGUGGUGCGAAUAUUUAGAAACACCUCCAGGGCUUGUGAUGGCGGGUGUUGGUGAAAACCGAAGAGAAAGAGAGACUGAAGGCGAUCAAGGGGGGGGGGGUAAAUGUAUAGAACAGACUCAAGGUCGAGAUUGA